AAAGCUUGCAGGGGAGAGUGGGUGGUACUGUGGCAGUGUUAAUUUGUGUCGGAAGGCGUAUUGUAUUUAAAAUGGGUUUAAAGAAACUUCAGAUAGUUUUUGAUAACCCGUGGUCAACAUAUUACAGCGGGCAGCCAGUUUCUGGAAGACUUAUCAUUGAUGUCGAUUCUCCUAAAAAAAUUAGAGCAAUUUCGAUUCAGUUCAAGGGUGAAGCAUGUGUGAAGUGGGAUGAAAUGAAAACAAGAAAAACUAAUGAAGGAAACACAACGAGGGAAACGAUUGUGUAUACGGCACAGGAGAAUUACUUUGAAAACAAAUUCAAUUUGGUUGGUGGAAGUGGUGAGAUGAUAAUUGAGCCUGGAGAGAAGAUAUACCCUUUUAGCACACAUUUACCACCUAACUUGCCAUCCUCGUUUGAAGCUGAAUUUGGUUAUGUAAGGUAUACUGUGAAAGCAGUACUGGAUCGUCCCUGGAAAUUUGAUCAAGAAGUGAAAUCUGCAUUUACAGUGAUUACCCCUUUGGAUUUGAAUACACAUCCUACAGCCAAGGAUCCUGUGAAGAAGGAGACCGAGAAAAACUUCUGUUGUUGCUGCUGCAAGUCUGGUCCACUUUCCCUAGUGAUGUCGAUACCUGUGGGUGGAUAUGUUUCUGGACAAAUUAUUCCAGUCACUGUGGAGGUCGACAAUGCCAGCAAUGUCAAUGUUGACAAUGUGUACUGUGCUCUAAGGAAGGUUGUAACAUUUAAGGCUACAUCGCCACAGAGGACUGAGCGCAAGGACAAAGUUACAAUAGCUGAGCAGAAUUUUGGCUCAGUAGCAGGUGGUGGCUCCAACACUUGGUGUGAACAAAUCACAAUCCCACCAUUACCACCAUCUAAUCUUAACAACUGUAAUAUCAUUGACCUGGAAUAUGAUUUAAGAGUUGAAUGCAAAGUGGCGGGAUUCUAUCAUAGAAACUUGACAGUAAAGACACCUAUCAUACUUGGAAGCAUCCCACUGGCAUCCUACCAGUCACCUGUUCCAUUGCAGAAACCAGAUAGUGAGAACAAUGGAGCAAUCAUUCCAGAUGGCCCACCCACUGACCCGAGUGGUGACCACCAUCCACAGUAUGGACCUGCUGGUCACCAAUCCCCAGGAGGGUUUGCACAACCACAGUGGGGCCCUGCACCUCCAGGUCCUGCAGUGUCUCCUGGAGGACAACCUCAGAAUCCACAGUGGGGCCCUGGCCCAAAUGUCAGCCCAUCUGCACCACUCCCUACUGGGGGUGCUGGUGCUUGGGUUCCUCCAACUGGGCCCCCUCAACCAGGACCACCUGCUGCCCCUGGUGGAGCUCUGUACCCUACACUGCCACAACCCAUGUAUGCUGAGGGGACUUUUGGUGGUGCAAAAAAUAUUCGAGAUGCAUCUGACAACCAGUACACACAAGGAUCUCAGGAGUUCACUCCACGUUAUCCAGUGUACAACUUUCAGCCACCUCAGCAAUGAUUUCAAAGAGGAAGAACAUUUUUUUUUACAAUAAUUUGUAUUGCUCUGAAUGUGAUACACUAACAUAGCUAACAUCUUUUGUCUAACAUGCAAUACCAUACUCUUGUAAAUGGCACAAAUGUUUUCAUUUUUUAUCGUCUGGUUGUUGGGACAAGCUUUUUAUAAUCUGACAUAACUUCAUAAACAUCAGUGAAAACUCUUAUACCAGGAAUCUCAGAUUUUUAUUUGCUUUGAAUACUAACUUAACAGAUUUACUGCUUUUUAUUUCUUUUACAUGUGUACAGAAUGAAUUUUUAAUUAUUAACAGCUUUGUAGAAGCUAAAAGUGUGCAUACUGUUUUUUUUUUUUUUUUUUUUUUAUACAAGCAUAGUCAAGACUGUUCACAUAUUUGUAUACAAAUUACUUUUAAGACUUUCUUUCAAGCUAGGAAAUUGUUUUAUAAAUGUUGCAAAGACCAAAUAUGAAAGAAUAUGAUGAUACACGAAUGUGAAACUGUUAAAGUAAGGUACCAUAUAACUUCAUCAAUAUUUCAUCAAACAAAGUAAAUAAAUACUUCUUAAACUGAGGAACUUUACCCUUAAGCCUUACCCUCAGGUUAUCAUGUAACCCUAUUUGUUUUUUGCUGCUGUUCUGUCAUUUCCUUUUCUGGUAUACUAUGUAAAAUGUUCCAUUUCACACUUACGGCAGCAUCAAAAAACUUUUCAUUUACUUAUGUAGAUCUGCUGUUACAACUGUUUGUCUGUUCUAGUACACAUAUUAGAUGUCAAAUUGAUGCAUCAUACUCACAGGCAAAAUUUAAUUGAAAUUAAUCUGCUUCUCUCAGAUCCAUGUUACAAGUAAUAAUGAAAACGGGGCAGAGAAAAUAUGGUAUAUGUUGCAUCUUAUCCCUCUUGACACCAAUGAAUAGUUUCGUGAUGUGUGUGUGUAUGUUGUUUGCAAGUUAUAGUUUCUUACAGAGAAAUAGUCAUCAUGUUAGAAGUGGUUAGUUUAUCUUAUGUUAUUGCUACUUAAUUUUAUCUUUUAAAUAUGUAGUGAGAGAAAUUUGAAGAAGCGUGUGCUCAUGAAUACCACACUUACAGCAACUACAAUAUUUUUUCAUGUGUGGCUUACAGAGUACUAAUUGAACCUGAUAUUUCACAAGCUUUUGUUAAUAUUAUUAGUUAUUUAUUAUUUGGGAGAAAAACCUUGUAACUUAAGCCACAAAUUAAAAUUAUUGUAUGCUAAUGCUCCUUCCUGUAACUAAUACUUCAACCUCCCUUAAUAUUCCUUUUCCAUUUUUUUAAAUGUGGAGAUCAGCCUUCCUCAAUUAUUUUUGUCAAGCCAGCAUCACAAUAAAUCUCUCUCUGCUUCUUUCUCCUCUUUCAUGGCCUUCCAUUUUCAUUUUAUCUUUUUCAUAGUUUCAUACAUUCUGCUCACAGUUUCAUACAUUCUGCUCAUCAACUGUUUGAGCCAAUAAAAAACUUUAAUAUUGUCAGUGAUACCAUGUUUCAAACACAUUUUUUAUGCUCACUAACCAUGCUAGUUUUUCCAUGAAAGUAGGACAAACAAGAGAGGAGUAAGUUUUUUCUGGCAGCUAUACCGUUACGCCAAUAUUCUGAGUCUGAUAAUCACUACUUUACUGUGAAAGCUCUCUACAGUGUAGUUCUUUCUGCUUUCUUGCAUACUACUAGCUAUCUGUUGGCAGAUAUUUUUAACUGAGCAGAUGAAUGUUUGAGGAGGGCCUCUAUACAGCCUUCCUUCCAGUCUGUGUUAAGUGAACCUCAUGAAUCUUCCAGUUAUUUGACCAUGAUGCUGAUAAAGAUGAAAUAGUCCUUGAACAUACAUAUCCUUAUGUAUAAUACUUUGUAUACAUGUGUGCACCUAAACUUUUGUUUCCAUAUACUAAAUAACAGAUCUGACCCUUAUUCUGAUUUUAUACUCAUUCAUUUCAGUGAGUGCGAAUAUGUUUAUAAGCACAAACUUUGUAUAGGGCAUUCCACAAACAUCAAUGAAAAGUAAGUUGCAGAAUCCCCACUAUGCAGCCAAACCAAAGCAAAUAAGUUCUCUGUGUGAACAAAAUUCUAGACAUGCACAGUUGAUUGUUUUGUAAUGUGUUUAUUGCUUGUUAUUUAGAAAUGUAGUAAGGGUUUUGCUAAGCAGAUGUACCUAAAUUAUCAAACAUAUUUUGAGAAAAUUGUACAAGAUAUGACAGCUUAUAACAUGUCCAUAAUUUGGCAUGUUUUAUUAUGAAAAUAACAAUGUUCCUACAUUUAUCAAGAAAAUUAACAAAUAUCUUGCAGGAUUCAUUAGAUCUGAAAUGGCUUGCAUAAUUUAAUUUUGUUAUAUGUAGAGCAUUUAAAAUAUUAUAAAUGACUGAAAAUGAAAUAACUGACUGAUGAAAAUACUCUGAUUUCUCACUGUGAUCUUAUAUUAGUUGCUUCUUUUAUUCAGAAAUAAUUUGUGAUGAAUGAAUCUGAAACUGGAAGAAAAAAUAGUUAUUUUUGACUGAAAGAUCAUAGUCUAUAUUCUUAUGUUAUAGAUUUUGCUCAUUAUUUGUCCAUUUGUUUUUUAAUAAAUUCAGUGUAUUUCACCAUACUGGUAAAAAAUGUUAAUAAUUAUUCAAAUUUUAACUUCAUGGUCAAUUAUUGUUAUACCUUUUAAUAGUCAUAAAUACAAAAGCUUGUGUUUUAACUCUGCUCAGAGAAUUAUGUUUUUAGUGACAAAAUGAUAUAUAACAUAUAUUAUGAGAUGGAAUUUCUGACCAGUAAGAUGCACUAAAAUUUUUAGUACUGCAUAUAGAUACACACAAAAAUACAAAAAAUUAUCCCGUCUUUUGGAACUAUUGGUUCCUUACUCAGGUAGGGAAGAGGUACGGAGGGACAGGAGUUGAAUGUUAGAAAGGAAUGAUAGGUUCUCAGACCCCAGGAUGAGUGUGACCUGCCAGUUGUGAGGACAAGGGAGACAAAGAUGUGUGUACCGGCUGUACUAAAAUUUUUCAUCUCCUGAAAAUAGGAACUGGCCAGCAAUUCUGCCUCAUAAUUUUAUAAUUUCACAAGUGAACUCUCAUUUUGAUACAUGUAAUGUAUGUUGGUAAUCAUAAUAUAUUUUAUGACCUGUUAUGAUGGAUCCACAAUCCACUUGUCUCAUGUGUAGCAAGCAAGCUGUACUGGCACUAACGAAUUUUUCUGCUUCAUACAUAUCUGUUUCUAUAACUUUUGUGCAUUAAUAAGAUUUAUGGAUUUAAGAUUUACUCAGCCUUUAAAUGCAUACUAACAAAGCAUUUACCAUGUUUUUCAACAGUUAACCGAGACUUGAGCACAGGUAUUUUUUUAGAUUUUUGUGACUGAUCUGUAUAACUUGACAUUUUUAGAGUUUGUCAUUAUCUUGUCACUGGUGACAUGUUAUCUGCUUUAGCUUGGUACUAGCUAGUAGCUUGUGUUACUUUAGAAUGGUUAAAUUUUUGUGUGGAGUGUUGUUCCCACACACAAUUGUUUUAUAUUGCUUUUCACCUUUUGUUUGCAUCACUUAUAUUUUGAUAUGUAAUAUGACUGUUCAACUGGUCAGAAAUAUAUGUAUACUUCUGUUAUUUGUCAUUAUCUAAUUUUUAUUGAUGCAGGACUCUGCUCUGGAAUUACCAAAGCAGGAUACAUAAUAACAUGGGUUAUAAAUGGGCAAGGACACAACUUUGGUGCUAUUAGUUCCUGUUUUGUAUGUUAGCCGUGUAACGUGAAGAACCUGUGGUAAUAAGCACAAAUUUUGCAAGAAUAUGGAAAUUGAUCCAAGGAUACACUUUUAUGCCACAGCAAAUCCAUGCACACUAUUCACACUUUUGAAGUCUGUGGGUUUGGAUGAGAUUAACAAGACUCUGGUGAACAUUUUGCAGCUAUAUGUUAAAUGUGACCUUAAAGAAAUAAAAUGCAAAUUUCCAAAGCA